CUCCCUGGCUUUCCCCUCCAUGGGGUGUUGGGAGCGCAGUGCUGUCCUGGAUAGGCUCAGCUGGCUGAGCUGGCCCCCAAUGGGGUGGGGUCUCCUUGGAGGCUCCCGGCAACCCACAGCCCCACCUACUUCUGGGUGUGGGUGCCCAUGGCAACCACAUAGAGGCCUUCCUCUGAGGCCUGCUGGGUGCUCAAAACUGGGUCAGUACCCAGUCAGGGCUCUGGAGUGAGGGCAGCCUGUAGCACCCACAGGGUGACACCAUCAGGGGUAGCUGGAUGCCUGUGUGGCCAGCCACUUGGCUGUGUGGACUCCUCAAAGCCAGCCGGCCGUGCCAUCUGGGUCUCAUUCCUAGGGACAGGCCAGCAGGGGACACAGGGACACCUGGCCCAGCCGGCCCAGCUCCCCCUGCACAUCGCUGAUGACUCCCAAGGCUGGCCUGGACCCUCCAGAGGCCGAGGAGGAGGCUCCCCCGACCCUGGCGAGAGACCCCAGUGUUAGGGACCUCGAGCCUCCCACUGGCUUGCCCAGCAGCCGACAGGACACAAAGUCUGUUUCCCCACCGGGGGCCUCCUCUGCCAGCCUGCACUUGGCACCUGGGACCCUGGACCCCUGCACGCUGCAGCUGCUGUGGAGGCAGCGGGAGCUGGAGAUCCAAGCGCUGCGAUGGGCCGUCCAGAACGGCUGCAACGCCCAGCACCAGCGAGUGCUGCAGCACGUGGCCGGAUUCCCACCCCAGAGGAGCCCCCAGAGUCAGGAGAAGCUGUUGCAGAACCAGGUGCAUAAGCUCAGGCUGGAGCUGCAGGAGCAGAAGGAGCGGAGCCAGCAGGACAAGGAGAUGUUGGAGCAGCGCCUGUUGCACGCGACCCGCACUCUGCAGCAGCUAGAGGCAGAGCUGCAGGUCUACCAGAAGUCUUGCCUGCUGCAGCUGGCACGGGCCUCCUGGGUGGGCCGCACCCUGCGCUCCCAGACUGGCAGCGUGGAGGUGGUGACUGCAGAGACCCUCAGGGAGCCCAGUGACGGGGAUGACAGUGACCAGGCCUUGGGGUCAAGGGAGGGCUUCCGUCUGGAGGACACGGACUGGAACAGCAUUGCCCGCCGCUACCCCAACCUCUUCACUGACUUUGAGCCCAACCCAGAGCCCAGGUGAUGGUGAGGGGCAGGGGGCCAGGUCCCAGUGCUGGGCGGCCGACCUUCUCUCUCAGCUCAGCAGUGGGCAGGGAGGAGCUCUGGGGCAUGGCCGUCCCACCAGGAGGCCAGGCUAGAUUCCUUGGAGGUGUGGGCAGGUCUGGGAUUCAGGGAUAGAGCUGCCACUGAGCAGAACCUGGUCCCCAGGGAGCCCCCAUCCCAGGGCUCACAGCCGGACCAGAGGCGCCACAAGAGUGUGGAGUGGAGCUCCUUGCCCCAGCCCAGCAGUAGCAGCUCCGGGGGCGCGGGCUCCGACUCCAGUAGCUGCCAGCUAGCCCCUGAAGAAGCCCAGGCGCCGAGGGGCAUGACAACCAAGAGCCUGGGCAGGGAGGAGCCCUCAGAAGGUGAAGUGGGCUCCCCCAGGGACCGGUCACCCCCUAGCCCUGCUGGCCGUUCCCAGCCAGUUCAGCCUUGCGUCGGGGCAAGACAUCCCCACAGACAGACCCCACGAGAGGCCCCCCUGGAAGGGCUUUCCCCAGGUCAACAGAUGACGUCCGCGGGAGGGCCCAGCAGGAGCAAAGUGUCGGAGCCCGACCACCCGCACAUGGGUUCUGGGCUGAGCCACCUGAAGAUCGUUGCGGUGAGCCGCCGGCAGAAAUUCGUGCGCAUCCUCAACCAGUCUCGGGAGCAGACAGCGGACUUGGCGGGUCUCACGCUGCGGCAGCUGGAGCACGGCUUCCCUGUGCGCCUGUACCGCUUCCCGCCUGGCAUGCGCCUGGGGCCUCGGCGCCAGCUCACGAUCUGGAGUGAGGGUGGCUGCGGCACGCAGAAAAGGCGGCCCUUGAAUUCUGGCCAGGAGCCCGUCCUCUUCCACGUCAGUCCAGGCUGUGUGACCCUGCUGCUGGGGCCCAAAGGCGAGGUCCUCAGCGAGCACCAGGCCCCUCACUGCGUGACUCCUACUGCAAAGCUGUUUGCUGAGGACACCAUCCUGUCGGUCGGCGGCUUCCCGCUCCCAGAGGCCCAGCUUGGCGCUGACCUUCGGGAGCCGCGGCUCCAGCCUCGAUGCCUGCGCAAGAGCCGGAUGCGGCAGGCCCCAGGCGGGCACGGAAGGCCCCCGUGGUGGCUGCGGAGUCCAUUCCCUUUCCCAACCCCAGGAUCCCCUCGCCAGGCCUGUGCCCCCACUGACUUUCCCAGGACUUCCUGGAGGAGGCCCAGGCCCGGGCAGGACCACCUUGCCUUGGGCGAGCCGUGGGCUGCCAGAACCCCCUGCCCCACCAACAUGCCGGCCCCCGUGAGGAUGCCAUCACCACCCCUGCGUGACGCUUUCCACUCCCAGGAAGUGCCGGCGCAGACUGAGUGUUUCAAGAGCCCUGUGCCAGAGCUCCUGCCCUUACUCCUGGGUGACCCCAGCCAUCCUCGUCCCCCAUCAGAGGCCAGGCUGGGCCUGGAGGACUGCCAGGCCAGGAAGGCGCGAAAAGUGCAGGUCGGCCGCAGGAGCGUGGACCGGAACUGCCCGAUGGUGCUGCUGUCCGUGCAGAACACAGCGGAGAGCAGGUUCGGCUUCCGCUUCCUCUGCUGUCCACCCAUCACGGCAGACAGGAGCAGGCGGUACUGGCGCUAG